AUGCGGCGCUGGCUAAUGUUGGGAUUUCAACUACAGCAAAGACACGCGUCGCCGUACGCGCCCAUCCCAGAGGAGCCCCGGAGACGGUGCCUUCUUCAGCAGGCAGAGCUCCCCGAAGGACAGGGGGGUGUCCCCGUCCCGACCGAGUCUGCAGGACGUUACGGUGGCUCAGAGGCAGCCCCGGGUCCCCGUCCCCCCCCGCCCCGGGCACCCCCCCGGCUCUCCGGCGGACGAUCCGGGAGGGAGAGCGGACACCGGCACCCGCACGUUACCUCCUCACAGCACCCAAACAGCGGCGAGGCGGCUGGCGGAGCCGGGAGAGGAGGCGAUGCCCGCUGCAGACCCGACCCCGCGGCUCCUCGGCUGCGCUCGCCGUUCCAAACCGAGCCCCCUUUCCCCCGCCCCCGGGGCUGUAAAGACCAAGAGACCCGGCCAGGCGCCCGCCCGCAGCUCCCCGGCUCCGGCGGGACGCAGCGUCCCCGGCGCGCUGCUCACCUCGGCCCGGACCGCGGCUCCCCUCCCCGGGCGGGUCCGGAGGAGCGGCCAGCGCCAGGCACGGCCCCGCCGAGGAAGGGGGCGGCAGCAGCGGGGGGGCUCCUCCUGCCCUGCCCUGCCGCUUCCCCUCCUCGUCCCGCCUGCUGGGAGAGCUACCUGCGCCGCCCCCCCACCAUCCUCCCUCCCCUCCCCCGGGGCUGCGAGCCGGGCAGGGGGCAGCCUGCCGAGCCGCUCCUCCCCAAACGCGCCCCGGACCGGCACCGCCAGCGCCUCCCCCCUCGAGGGGGGGCUCCCCCCGACCCCCGGCAUCCCCCGCCGGGAGCAGGAGCGCGGCCCCAGCGCCCCUCACCGCUCCUCCGUCAGGCGGCGGGAGGAAUUUCUCCCACCAGCGAUGCUCCUCCGAAGUGCUGCCCGAGGCGGGGGGAGGGAGGGAGAGAAGGAGGGCGGGGGGCUACUCCUGUCACCGACCCCGAGGCAGGAAGGGUCGCCGGCCCCGCCGCCUGCCUACCCGGGGGACCAGGCAAUAAAUUUCUGCGCUCAGGACACGGCGGACAAUGUGGUUUAGCGACAACGCUUUUGUUCGCGUUUACGCCCGAAAUAGAUUUCCCACCCCACCCUCCGCCCCGCUCCGGGGCCGCCCCGGGCUGA